UUGGCAGUGUUACGAAGGUUACGAAGUAAAGCGAUCAAAGCGUGUGAAAAGCACGACCGGUGGGUUACCGAAGGCGAGACAAGAAUACACAAACGUUAGGAAAAUAGAAAUAACCAAGCAGAGGUUAUCUGGCUGCUGACAUAAAUUUUAAAAAUAUAUACAUCAAAACUAUAUUAAAAAUAUAGUUUUGAUGAAGCAUUUAGGAUAGAUGGCGCAAGUUGCCACAUCUUCACAGCAUAAUAAAUUUACGUCCAUUCAUCCAUCCAUCCAUCCAUUAAAUCGUCGCUUCCCGUGCGCUCGUGCAGCGCCUGCCCGUGCUUUCGAAAACAUGGCCGAAGACGAGAACAACGCUGCCACCAAGGCUGAAGUCACCGAAGACGUACGCGCCGCCACAGACACAGUAGCCGCCGGCGCUACAGACAACGCUCAGGACUCGACCAAGGCCACAUCCGACAAGGAGAACAUCGCCGCUAGUCUACCCAAAAAGUCGAAGAUGGACUCGGAUUUCCAUUCCUUACCGACGAGGCAGUACUUGGAUCAGACGGUGGUGCCGAUCUUGCUACAGGCGCUCUCCACUCUGGCUAAGGAAAGGCCGCCAAACCCGAUUGAGUACCUGGCCAACUACCUGAUCCGAAACAAGACGCAGUUUGAGCAUGGCAGCCAGUCCGUCAACGGACAGAACUGACGCGAAGAGAAAUAUAUAUAUUUUUUACAGCAUUUAUUUACAUGCGUCGCAAAGACACGAAAUGAAAACACCAACAUGAGAAACAAUUUUUUUUUUUCACGCUCCCACCAAUAUUCUGGCAGAUGGGAGUUCUGUUUAGGCAGCCCGGCUUAUUUAUGGUGGCAUUGCACUGAAAUGGCAAAUGAGCUGCACCUAACUCGAGCAUCCACAAUCGAAGAUGCGACGUCGUAGGAAAUGUGUCGCUUUUUCUUGCGUAUGUUCGACGUUUAUUCGUGCUUUGAACUUUCUUUGAGCUCUGUACACAUGGUCCGUCUUUCUUUUUAGCAUGUAGAUAAGUUUGCUACCUUUUCUUUUUGUUUAAUAAAUAUUAUAGCUUGCACAAACAGUCAAAUUUGAAAGCACCUCAGGUCAUGCAUUUUGUUUUUUCGAGGUAAUUUUUUUUGUGUGCGUGUGUGUGGCACCGUUCGAAGGAGAAACGGUGAAAAACGUGUCACUUGCAUUUUUCUGUGUACAAAAAAAAAAUAAGAAAAGAACAUUGUUAGCCACCUGACGGAGUGGAGAGGAAAAUGAAAGUGUAAUGUUUUAUCGAUGUGUCACCUGUAGGCGUUUAGGAGAUGGGGAAAGUUAUAGAGUGGGCAAGACGUUACUUCUUGGUGCAGUGAAUUGCAAACAAUAAAAAAACUGAAGUAAA